AUGGGCGCCAGGAACGUCAUCAACUCGGGGCUCAUCGGUUGCGUGCCGGCGGCGCGGGAGUUCCAACCGUUGGGAGCGUGCGCCGAGGGCGUGAACCUGCUCGCCGCCGGCUUCAACGUCACCCUUCGGUCGCUGCUCGCCACCGACCUCGCCCCAAGGCUGCCGGGCCUCGUAUACUCCCUCACUGACUCCUUCGUCCUCAUGAAGGACUUCUUCGCCGACCCACCGGCGUCGGGGUUCACCGACAUCGCUAGCACGUGCUGCGGCGAUGGCUUCCUGCUCGCGCAGACACUCCAGUGCCUGCCCACCUCCAAGGUCUGCCCCACCAGAUCCGAGCGCGACCAGCACGUCUUCUGGGAUCCCUACCACUUUUCCCAGCAGGCCUGUUUCCUCACGGCCCAGGCAUUCUACAACGGGCCAACCAAGUACACCAAGUCCAUCAACUUCAUGCAGCUGGCGCAGUCCUCCACUUAAUAAU